AUGGGUCCGCAGCUCAAGAUGUUCUCGGGCCCUCAGAUGGCCUUCCUCCGGCCCUCGUUAGGUCUGUCGACGCCUUUCACGGCCUUCCCACUCUCCCGAUGCUUCUCCACGACCUCGCCUGCCCUCGAUUGGCUUACCCCCAAGUACGCCGAGAGAUCCAAGUCCCCGAAGGGUCGCCCGCAUGUCGCGACUGGUGGCUCCUCCCGCGGCACCACGGUCGUCUGGGGUGAUUAUGGCUUGCGGAUGAAGGACCACGACCGUCGGUUGCCGGCCUCAUCGUUGAAGAUUGCUGAGGAUACGAUCAAGAGACGUCUGAGGGGUAUGAACUAUACCCUGUACAAGCGUGUGAGCGCCAACAUCGGUGUCUACACCAAGGGUAACGAACAGCGUAUGGGUAAGGGUAAGGGAAAGUUCGACUACUGGACGGCCAAGGUUGGCGUGAGCAGAAUCGUCUUCGAGCUCCGGGGUGAUCUGCACGAAAAGAUUGCGAGGGAGGCUUUCCGUUUGGCCGGCCACAAGCUGCCUGGCCUCUGGGAAUUCGUGAAGAAGGGCGAACCCCCGGUGGUCGGACUGACGAAACUCGGCAACGGAGUGACUCUGGAAAGCCUUAAACGCGCACGCAGAAGCCCCGCCCUUGGUACACAGAAUCAACCCAACCCCCCGACCUCGACCUCCUCCUCCUCCUCCAGCCCCUCUGCUUCCCAAUAAACACCAGCGCGCGCCCUCCAACCUCCCCCUCAAUCAUGUCCCUUACCCCCGGUUUCAAUCAUUCACACAUCGUGACAUGACAUGACGUCUAAGCCCCGACGCCCGAACCAGGCCCAUACCCUUGUUCUCUCCUGAUCCUUGCCGCCAGCGCCGCCCCUUCCUCAGGGGUCUCGGGCUUCAGAUCUUUUGUGUAUAUUAUCAUCAGCUUUCGAGACUCUGUUAUAUUUCCGCUUUAUCGCAAGUCUUCAUAUGUCAUAUGCGGAGUUAGGAAAUCCAAUAUCAAUCUAUACUGUACCUUUAUCC